AACUGAUUCGGUUGAUCGUGAUCGAACAGUAAAGGCAGCUUCUGUGGUGGCAGCAGGAGAAACUCAGGAGCAACAGCAAGGAAAGGAGUCCAUCACGUUGCCUUCGCCACCGGAUAGUGCGAGCAAUAAUGGCUUUGCUGGUCUAUCGUCUUCAGGGAAUCCAGCGACUCUGGGCAGCGCGGCCUCGUUGCCACAACUGCAAGACGAUAGUCAAUGGCACUUGCCCGACAUGACAUUUCCGACCUUCUUCGACCAGAUCAUGGCACCAGACUUCGUGGCAUCAGAUUCCAUGAAUCUGCCGCUGGACAUCUUUAAUCACAUGCCUGAACAAGAUUGGCUGGGCGACAACAUGGACAUCUUCGGAGUCGACUUCACGCCUACCAUCGACGAAGCCUUCGAGAUCACAAACAUGUUGCCCAUGCCUCAAGAACAGAACGAGACAUCGAAUACAGAGCAGCCGGAAAACGUAUCUCAAGAUCAAGCUGCUGCAGACAGUGCUCGUCAGCGCCAUGCUCUAUUCCAACGCUCACCUUGGCUCUGGAAACCAGAAGCGAAUUCUCACGCGUUUAGUGAACACCGCUCACUGCCUCUGGACGAGUCUGAAAUUGACAUGAGUGCAAGUCCUCAUCAGCCGUUCUUGCCAUCACUCCAUAUGCGCAGCGAACUGUCGACUCACAGCCGAGAUAAGAUUUUCCAGAUGGUACUCAAGGCUGCCAAAUCGCACGUUUCGAUACCGAGGUUUCCAAGCGUCAAGUGUUUGAAUCUAUUGCUGAGGGUCGGGCUUGCGAAAAGGAUGGAAACGGAUGCGUGGAUCCAUCCCUGGACAGUGGACGCUGAAUCUGCGAGACCGGAACUGUUGACUGCGUUGAUUGCGGCUGGUUGUGUUUGCUUUGGCAUACCUUCUGUUUCCAAGACAGGCCUGAUACUUUUCGAAAUUGUCCGAGUGGCACUAAAUCGGCUUGUCGAAGACGAUAACAGUGUCAUUCGAGAUCUCGAAUAUUUGCAAGCCUGUAUGAUGUGGAUUGAUGUCACUGCUUUUUGUGGUUACAAGCGCAAGAUGGAGAUUGCAGAACACAGUCUGCAACCACUGGUGACCGCAUUACGAAGAGCUGGGAAGUUCGAUCGAGUAGCGUACACCUCGAAUCAAGACGCCCGAGCAGACGAGGACAACUCGCUCGAAAGCAAUUGGAAGCACUGGGCCAAACAGGAAUCGUACAAGCGACUGGUCCAUCAUCUCUUCGAACACGACAUCUUGACGACCAUCACCAAGGUACGGAAUCCAUUGAUCUCGUACGCCGAGAUGACACUGCCUCUCCCUGCAAGUAGGGAUCAGUGGUUGGCGCCCACAGCAGAGACCUGGCACAUGGCAGGCUUGGAGAAAACCACUCGGGAUGCAAAACAUGCCAAUCUGUCGCUGAGAGAUUUGCUAGCUGAUGGCGAACUACUGCGAUGUCUGCCGGAUGAUGUCGAUGUGUCCGUUGCUCGAGCUGCGCAUUUGCAUGGCUUGGCAGCACAGACUUGGGAGCAUUUCCAGCAGUCGAGUGUGGUAAACAGUCCUUUGGCUUCCAACUCGGAUCCGUCCGGGAAACUAUGGCUGCAGACGCGGCACCAGCAGUUAUAUCACAUGCUGCAAGUGAUCCGAUCCAGCAUUCAAGACACAUCCGCCGUAACGCGGCUGCUCAACGAAUUUCUCAUGAUGAGCAUGCACGUCAACCCGGACGACGUGACUCGGUUCGCAGGCAAGUGCGGUGAGAUUGAAGCACAUCGUGCAUAUCAAGAGCUUCAGAGCUGGAGCCAAAGCAAGCGAGCGCGGACAGCGAUCUGCCAUGCUGCGCAAGUGAUUCGGCUGGCAAGAGAAGUGCCGCCGUAUCAAUUACGCGGAGCUGAUGUAUUUAUUAUCUACCAUGCGGUCAUGGUUCUCUGGGCUUAUGGAAUGAUGCAGCGCGAUCUCGCGAGGCGAACGAGGAACAGCACGCCGAACCCUGGAAGCUCGCUACGAGAGCAGCAAGAGAGGGAAAAUGCAACUCCCGUGUACCUCGACGAGGAAAAUAAUGCCGCCAUUGACGCUUUCCUGCUGAUGGGGACGGGUCGUCCUUGUUUGCGGAUCCGCCAAGUUGGCAGAGGCAAAAGUCACGAUGAAACGUAUCGGAGUCGACAACGGCAGCAGUGCUGCGACCUUCGGCACGCGCAGGCGAUCAUGCAGGUGGGAGUCGCUGUCUUGGAGGACAAUUAUCCCAACGAAAUGCGCAAAAAUUUGCCGCAGCUCAUUCGCUCAUUGUGCGAAUUGAUGCAUGAACUUGGCGCUCUGGCGUGA